CGUACGUGCGCGGAAGGAAGAACGACGAACGACCGAAACCGAAAAGUGAAAAUCGAAAUCGAACGAUGGUCGCUGGUCGAUGAAAGAACAUCGGCAAGUUGAAGAGAGAGUGAACUGAACUACAAAAAGUUUCGGCAAAUUAAGUUAUCUUUAAUAAAAAUAUUGCAGAUUGAUGGAAAAGAAAAGCCACAAAGUUAUUCCAGGGACUACAUACAGUGCCCAGAAUGGACAUUUGUUGAUCUCUUCUGGAAUACCUUCCCUAGAUAAUCUCUUAGGUGGGGGUAUUCCAGUCGGUACAGUAGUCCUAAUUGAGGAGGAUUUUCAUGGAUCAUACUCAAAAAUUGUACUUAAAUAUUUUCUUGCCGAGGGGAUUGUUUCGAAACAUUCAACGUUGAUUGCUAGUCAAGAUGUGAAUCCUUCCAAUAUUAUCAAAGAAUUACCUGCUGUGAUUGAAAGUGAUCUUGAAACAGAAAGAGUUUCAAAAACCAGAGCAAGUGAUAAGAUGCGAAUAGCUUUCAGAUAUCAAAAUUUACCGACGACGGAUAGCUCGAAUAGUAAUAUGAAUAAUAUAGGACAUAACUAUGACUUAUCCAAGAAUAUGUCCUUCAGUGAUAUUGAAAAUUCUGACAUCAGUUAUUGGACUGGUCAGCGAAUUGAAAAUGGUACAAAAACCUACUCGAAUCCAGCCUACAACGAGCUGCUCAAGUCCAUCAAGAACAAGAUCAAAGAGGGCAAGUUCUUCCUGAAGGACAGGCCCGACCGGCGGUCCGUGCUGCGGAUAGGCGUGCACUCUUUGGGCUCGCCCAUGUGGCUGCCGCACAGGAAGUCGCUGCACUCGAUAGACGCCACGCGCGACCUCGACAUGUUCAUCUUCUGUUUGCGAGCGCUCGUCCGGUCCGCCUAUUCGGUAGCCGUCAUCACCAUUCCCACGCAUUUGUACCAUGAAAUAUCAUUAGACAGAUGUAUCCACUCCAGUGAUAUCGCCAUGAGACUCCAAGCUUUCAGCGGAACCGAAUUAGAGAAUAAUCAGACCUUAUCCGACUAUCACGGAUUCUUCUACCUGACCAAGUUGGCCGCCAUCAACUCGUUAGCGUCCCGACAUCCCGGGUCGGUGGAAUACGCUUUCAAAUUACGAAGGAAAAAGUUUUCUAUAGACGUCCUGCAUUUACCACCUGAUAUCCAAGAAGAUUCAGACGGUAAACGUGAACAGUUUCCUUCGUUAGGGUGUGGCGGCAGUACCAAAAAGAAUUUGUUAGAUUUCUAAAUACCUACUUACGUACCUUGAAUGAACUUUAUCAUAACCUAUUUAUUGAAGAGUAUUAUAUUUUGAAAGAUUUGACAAAUACAUUUUUUU